AUGUUUGUGGUUCAGCUGGAUCGCCACACAUCUGCGCUGACAGUAAGCGCGCCAAAGUGUGUCCCAGCUGCAGGCGCUCGUCUGCAAACGGCACAAGCGUCCGGCGAGAGCAUUCUUCCCGGCUCGAUCACCUCCGAGACUUCAUCCGUCAGCUCUUUCGCCAGUCUCUGCGAGAAAACUUUUGGCGCUGGCGCCGACGACAAUCAGAAGCCAGCUCCUGUAAAAUCAGCAACCGACACGUCUUUUACUGCGGCUGCAUACCGUUCACCUGCUGCCUUUGCAGAAUUCCGCUCAGUCUUCACCGCCGAACUGGCACAUAUGGCCUACAUUCCAUUCUGUCGUCUCGCAGGUAGUAUUCAACCCCAAUUUUACUUCGAACAAUGUUUUCUACUGAUAUGUUUUUAG